AUGGACCAGCACACCUGGUUUCUCUGUCUGGAGUUAUUAUUCCUCAGUGUUUUUCUGCAUGUUUAAUGUCCCUCUCAGGUUCCCAUAAUUGCCGAGGAGAAGAGGGAAUGCCGAGAGCAAGAGUAUAAGGAUCAGUUCGGCAACUGUAUACCCUGCAAGCAGUGCGACGCUGGACAAGAACUAUCCAAGGAAUGUGGCUUUGGUUACGGAGAGGAUGCCCGAUGUGUGCCCUGCAGAGCCAGCCGCUUCAAGGAGGACCGCAGCCUGCAGAAAUGCAAGCUGUGUCUGGAUUGUGCCCUCCUCAACCGCUUUCAGAGGGGAAACUGCUCCACCACCACCAACGCAGUGUGUGGUGACUGUCUACCAGGGUUUUACCGAAAGACGAAAUUAAGUGGAUUCCAGGAUAUGGAGUGCAUCCCAUGUGGGGACCCACCCCCUCCAUAUGAGCCUCACUGCAGCGGACGUGUAAACCUGGUCCCCAUUCCGUCCACUGUGACCAGCCCCCGUGACAUGGCCCUGGCCGCGGUCAUCUGCAGCGCUUUGGCCACUGUCCUGCUGGCCUUGCUCAUCCUCUGCGUCAUCUACUGCAAGAGACAGCUCCUGGAGAAGAAGCCCGGGGGAUCCCUGAGGUCUCCAGAUGGUCCGUAUAAUGGAGCGGAAUUGUCCUGCCUGGAUCGACACAGAGCCCUCGAGUUUUCCCAGCGACCCUGCUGCCACUGUCCCCACGGUCCAGGUUCUCUUUCAGGUCCUGUGCACUUGAUUCCCUCCCUGUGCUGCGAUGACACUUGUAGUAUUGGUCGGAGUGGAGACAACAGCCCCUUCCAAUCUCAGAACUCUCUCAACAAAGAACACACGAGCCCUUCUGUGGGGAGUAGCCAAGCAGAUCUGGGAACUCAUCCAGAACCUCUAUCCAGUGAGUUAACCGAGAAUUGGCCGCUCAUCCAGAACUCCGAUGGUCUCCAAGAACACACAAAGAGGACCGCCUCCUCUUCUUCUUCUUCUUCUCCUACUGAGGAGGACCAGGCGUCAAGGCAGGGUCACGCUCACCAUACAGGUCUCUCCAUUGACCAGACCAAAGAGAAUCAAGAGGUCGUCAGCAGCAGUCUGCCAGACAAUGCAUUUCAUUCAAAGGAAGAGCUCCCCACCUUGGAAGGUUGA